AUGAAGAUCCUCCUGGUCUUCACCGCCCUCAUGGCAGCCGCCUGCAGCAAGAAGCCUUUCGUGGGGUACCAGGUCCUCCGCGUCACGGCCCGCGACGAGGAGCAGAUCGCCCUGCUCAGGGUGCUGGGGGAGCAGACAGAGCUGCAGCUUGACUUCUGGCGUCGCCCAAGCCAUCCUGGACUCCCAGCCGACCUGCAGGUGCCUUUCCUCAACCUCCAAGAAGUCAAAACCUUCCUGGAAUCCAACAACAUUUCCUACAGCGUCAUGAUCGAGGACGUGCAGAAAUUAUUGGAUGAAGAAAAGAAAACCAUGAAUAAGUCCAGGAGGACAGAGAGAAGCACCAGCACCUUCGACUUUGCCUCCUACCACACGAUAGACGAGAUCUACGACUGGCUGAGCGUGCUGGUGGCUGAUCAUCCCAACCUCAUCAGCAAGCUCCGGAUUGGGCAGAGCUACGAGAAGAGACCCCUGUACGUGCUGAAGUUCAGCACUGGGGGGUCCAAUCGGUCGGCCAUCUGGCUGGACACUGGCAUCCACUCGCGGGAAUGGAUCACCCAAGCCACCGGUGUCUGGACGGCCAACAAGAUCGCUGAGGAGUAUGGCCAGGACCCCUCCGUCACCGCCAUCUUGGACAGCAUGGACAUCUUCUUUGAGAUCGUCGUCAACCCCGAUGGCUUUGCCUUCACCCACAGCUCUAACCGCUUGUGGCGCAAGACGAGGUCCAUCAACGCUGGCUCCCCGUGCGUCGGCGUGGACCCCAACCGAAACUGGGACGCCGGCUUUGGAGGCGCCGGCUCCAGCAGCAACCCCUGCUCUGAGACCUACCGCGGCCCCUACGCCCACUCUGAGAGUGAAGUGAAAUCCAUUGUCGACUUCAUCUGUGGCCACGGGAGCGUGAAAUCGGUCAUCUCCAUCCACAGCUACUCCCAGAUGCUGCUUUACCCCUACGGCUACAAGACAGUGCCCGCGCCCAACCACCAGGAACUGAAUGAAGUGGCUAAAAAAGCGGUGAGCGACUUGGCCGCUGUGUACGGGACAAAAUACACCUACGGCAGCAUCGCGGACACCAUCUACAUGGCGGGUGGCACCACUAUUGACUGGGCCUACGACAACGGGGUGAAAUAUUCCUUCACCUUCGAGCUGAGGGAUACGGGACGCUAUGGAUUCCUCCUGCCCAGCUCCCAGAUCAUCCCCACCGCCACCGAGACCUGGCCGGCGCUGCUGGACAUCAUGGUCCACGUCCUGGAGCAUCCGUACUGA